AUGGCGUCACUCACCGAGGUCCUGAGCGUCUUCUGCUGGUGUCUGCCCUGCUUCUCGCUCCCUGAGGACAAUGAAUAUUAUGAUCCUCUUCUUCCACAGUAUCGUGAUGACACUGUUCUGCAGAGGGAGCUGCACCAGAAGCUCCACACCUACCAGAUGCUCCGAGCCCUGUCACAAGGGUUCAUGCCAUCCAACGAGCAGGUCAUUGUCAACCUCAGGACCAUACUUGCCUCUGAUGUCCUCAAUCCAGACAACAACGACCUCAGUGAUUCUGGACGAGCACUGGUGCACUAUGUCAAGGUCUGGUUGACGCAGUUCAUAGAUCUGCUCCUGCACAAGAAUGGCCACGACCAGAUCGAGGACUUCAUCUGGUAUCUGACCAAAGCACGAGUCUCAGUUGACAUGGAGGAUAUUGCAAACAGAACAACCAAAGCAGCUUCAAAGGCCCAAACUGCAGCAGCAUACCAGAGCCUACAAACUGUCGGCACCUUGCUGCUUACAAACUCGGACUUCCGCAUUUUCCUCUCCGAUUUGAGCACCAUCGGACGUGAGGUCUUCCGCGACACAGCUUUCACACUUUCAGAAGUGUCUCAGAAAGCAGCUCGUCGCAUUGAGCCAUCUCAAGAAGAGGUGGAAGCCCUCAAGAAACCCGGUGCAGAUGGGGAAGGCUCCGCACCCACUGACAAGGAGCUUCAAAAAGACGUUUCUGACGUCGCAAACGUGGUGGCCGACAGUGCUGUAGAAGUGGCUCAGGAGGCCGAACACAGCCUUGUCGACAAGAUCACGGGCGAUGAGAAGAGCACCCUGCUUUACCGGCUGAAGCAGGCGGUCACGAAUUUGAGGGGUCGCACAGACUACUCCGACUCAGUCUCCAUGUUGGCAAAGAUUCUGCAGCGCUAUGCCUUGGUUUACUCACAUGUCCUUGAGGAGACGGCAGCAACAGCUGAGAGGGAUGUCGAGACGAAUCGUGAAACUGAGAAGGCUAUCCGAAACUUUUGGGCGUUUGUGAAGUCUUUUGGUGACGCGAAAGAGUGGAAUGAACUCGAGCAGAGGCUCAAGCAACUCAUGGAGCACGGGAAGAGUGACCCUCAAUUUGACCAACUUGUUCGACAAGCCGGAAAUGCUCUUCAGGAGAUGCUGACAGACCCCGGCUUCUUUGAACAUGCUGAGGAGAGGUUUCAGGACCUCCGAAAGCAAUCACGACAGCUGACCUCGGACUCUUCUAUGCGAGAAGACGUCGACGGACUUCUUGCCCAGCUGCAGUCUACAUUCCGAUCUGUCCUCAAAGACGCCGAUAUUGCCAGGCUGAUCCGAACGUCCACGUACAUCGCCAGAAUACUGUCGCCUGCGCGUCAAUACACCAACACGGAACUGGUGACUGAUGCAGUCAAUGUGUUUGUUCCGCUGUUUGUCCAGGGCAUCCAGUAUGUUCCGAUACCCAGGCUCGAGGUGUCCACCCCCGAGGUCGAUCUUCUGCUCGAGAACCUCAUUAUCGAGCCUGGAGUCACUGUCAACAACACCUCGUUCCUCCCUUACAGACUUCGAAUCGAGACUCGGAAUGACCUUGAGAUACGCAAAGCUCGUACCAGAACAACCUCAAGUGUCCAAUCGCUCAUGACCAUCAAGAUCGAUGGGCUAUCUAUUCGUGCCCAGGAGGUAGGCUUCUGGCUCCGCGCGCACACAGGUCUCUUUCAGGUUGCCGACGAGGGUAUCGCAUCGUUCGAGUUGGACGAAAAGGGGAUCGACAUUGAGAUCGACGUCGAAAUCGCCAAGGAGCGUCUUGAGAGUAUACUGUCCCUCCAAGCUGUCCGAGUGCGCAUCCACAAGCUGGACUACAGUCUCCGCAAGUCCAAGUUCGCAUUUGCCGCGUACGCCUUGAAGCCCGUUAUUCUUCCCAUCAUCCGGAAAGCCAUCGAGGUUCAAAUGUCGACAGCCAUCGGGGAUCUCAUCCACGCGGCGAAUCGGGAGCUGUUGUAUGCUCGUGAGAGGCUGCGGGCUACUCGUAUCGCUGAUCCGGCUGAUAUGUUGACUUUCAUCAAGGCGGUGGCUGCAAGACUGGUUCCAGAGGAGGACCCAGAUCUCUACACCAGAGUCGGCGUGGCCGAGCCUGGGACGGGCGUGUUCAAGGGAGUGUAUGCGCCUGGAAGUAUCGUCAAAGUCUGGAACGAGGAAGCUGCUCAGGCUAAGCAGAGAAUCCGGGAGGGUGAAAGCGACCAAGGCUGGAGGAACGGCAUCUUUGAUGUACUUACUACCCAUGUCUGA